CGACCAGCCUCACCAGCCGCAGCCAUUGCAUUGUGCUUGGGAGCGAGUGUUGUUUGGACGGAGAUCUGCACUCGGUCGAAAGUGCAGCCGACGACGAAUUUGCCAUGAUUUGAGGCGGACUGCGCGGCUCCUUCGUCUGUCCAUGUGCGACAGGUGACCGUCGAUUUGUGAGACGCGUGUGGCUCAAACGAACCGGCCGAAAAGUCAUCGAAAAACCGCAGAUAUGAGGGCCCAACUGCUAACAACUGUGAUCUACUCCUGCAUGGUGCUGAGCCUGAGCACCAGGGUUAACUGCCUGACCCCAACCACCACUGAAGGCUCCGUCACGACACCUUCUCCCAAUGAGGUGGUCGAGGCGUUGGACACCGUGCGCGUCGAGUGCGCCAACGACGAAAUGCUGGUGACCAUCAUCCCGGCGAACAGCCCCGCUCCGACACCUUCGCACGCCUCUCGCCUGGGCCUGGUGGCCGAACCAGGCCAAUUCAGCGGCAUGGUCUACCCCAGGGGACUAACCAAGAACAGCUCCUGUCUGGUAGAGUUUGUGCGCGUUGUGGGACCCCUGAGCUACAGACUGCCGCUCAGCUACUGCAACACCAUGAGCAAUGACACGGAGGAUGGCGGCGUUGAGUACUUCAACACCAUCAUUGUGCAGCCUCACCUGAAGCUUGUGACCUCCCAGGGUCGAGGCUACCAAGUCAAAUGUCGCUACGAGACAAGGGAGAGAACUCCAAUCGUCACCGUUGCAAACAAAACGGCCACUGGUCAGCAGCAGUUGACCGCAGCUCUUGUUGACCCGGCCUCUCUGCCUGGCGUCAUGAUGCGAAUCUAUGCCGGAGAUGGCUCGACCAAACAGGUCCCCGAGAACAUCAAGAUCGGAGACCCUCUGUCCAUGAUCAUCAACAUCGACGAACAGGACAAGUUCGGAAUAACCAUUUCCGACUGCAUGGUUAGGGACGGUCUCAAGUGGGGUGAACAGCGCCUCUUGGACAAACAAGGAUGCCCUCUGAACCAUGAAAUUAUGGGCCAGUUUACCUAUAGCCACGAAAUGACCAAGGCCUAUGUCAGUUUCCCUGCCCAUAAAUUCCCAUACACCUCGUCAGUCUACUACCAGUGCCACGUCCGGUUGUGCAACAAGGCUAUUGGUGAUUGUGAGGUGCCAAACUGCAGCAAGGCGCCCAAUAGUGCCAGACGUCGCAGACAAGACAACGGAGAUGCUGGCAGCCCCGCCACCAUCGAGGUCUUCAGUGGCCUCUACGUCAACGAAGGUGCAGACACCAGCAACCUGAACAACUUGGAUGAAGUCAGCAGAGAGAGGUCUCCCGACGACCCGGACAGCCUUUGCAUUUCGCAGCGCACCUUUGCACUCGCAGUGGCAAUUGCCGGGCUUGUGCUGAUGCUAUUGGUGCUCCUGGCGGUGCUCAUUUUGUGUGCCCGCCGCCGCAGAAGUCACAAGGAUGUUUCCACCUCUGGCAGCUCCCUCUACAGUGGGCCCUACACCAACACGGCCUACAGUCACAGCAGUUGAGCUGUUUCAAGUGCAAUACUAUAGAACUCUCUUCGUGAUGACUGAGUACUUUAUAUUUUACAAAAUUCAACUUCUUUGUGCCACAAAAAAUUUAGGAUUAAUAUUAUUUAACAUGAUGCUCUAAUUAAGAUAAUAAUUUAAUAAUUACAGCCAUAAGUAAUGUCAUCGAAAAAUAUUAUGGCUCGAUUGCCUUGUUUUCCGAGGUAGUUAUACUUUGGCGUAAUUGGCUAGAGUAGUGCUCUUCCAAGGCAGCUUAAGAAAGACAACGCUACAGUUUUACUUCAAAUGAAGGUUAAGGGAUUUUCACGCCUAACAAUGUUGACAUUUGGCCACUUUUCAUUUCCUGCGUGUUGGCUGAUGAGCUUGUUCUCGGUCCAGACGGUUUUUGAAGCAAUCAAAUUGCGUCUGGACUCUUUUGUUUCAGUGGCAUUGGAUCAUGGUUUCAUUGAAUCAAAUGAAGCUCUGGUGCACCAUUGCCAUACCAAUUGUGCUGAGCAAUAACAGUAUAUGUAGCAGUUUCUCAAACAAGUUUUGUGUGUGUGGGCCAAAUGUCUAAAAAGACGAUUGUAUUGAAUGCAUUUAGUAACAAAAUUAAUGUACAACUGACUGGCAAAUAAAAAAUGAUGAAAAUUA